AAGGUUAUGUUUAAGUUGCACAUUGGCAUUGUGUUGUCAAGUGUUGUUUAAAAAUAAAACUGAUAAAACCAAAUAUUUGUGUAAUAAAUAUAUCAAAUAAGUAAAUAUGGCCCAAGGAAAAAUGAAAGUAAAAGCCAAAUUACCCAAUAAUGCAAAAGUCAAGAAACAGAAAGGGAAUAAAGUAACAAAAAGAGCCAAUCGUCCAGUUCAACCAAAAAAGCAAGAGGUAGUACACAAACUUAAACAAGCUAUUACUAAAACAGUUAACAAAUCCGUAGAGGAAGAAAUACGGUCUAGGGCAUCUAGUCGCCCUAAAAAUCUGUCAAAAGCCCAACAGGCAGUAGCCAGUCAUCACUCAAAGGGAAAAUAAGUUGACAAUUCAAUUACGUACCUUAAUAUGUAUAUAUAACUUUAUUGUUAUAAUUAAAAGUAUUUAAUAGUAA